AUGACGAUCGGUUCAGCGACUGUCGUGGUCUUGGGCGACAUUGGUCAUUCUCCGAGGACCUGUUAUCAUGCCCAUUCCCUGGCCGAGCGAGAUAUCUAUGUGGAUUUGGUUGGAUAUAAGGGAUCCAUUCCGCAUGAAAAGAUUCGAUCUCAUAAAAACAUAAAGUAAGUUAACAUCUUUAUUGUCCCGGUAAUAAUUUUUAUAAUUUUAGUUUGGUUUACAUCCCAUCUCCGCCCAAGUUUCAAUGUGCUUGUCUUCCCGGGCCAAUCCUGCUGUUAUUUAAGUUUAUUUUCAUGUCCUUCGCUCUUUUAUGGGGUCUGUUGUUCAAAUGUAGAUGGUGUACAUCGUUGAUCAUACUUCAAAAUCCUCCUGGAAUCCCGACGAUGUUGAUUUGUUAUGCAGUAAGCUUUAUUUCUGAACCUUUAUUUCUGUGACUUUUCUCGAAUCAUGAAUUAAUCGGUUUUAUUUUUUAGAUAUCAGUUUUAAAACGAGCUGCGUUGGCUACGGAUUGGCACAAUUACACUCAUACAAUUCUGGCCCAAAACUUCCCAAAACGAACCUCAAAUUCUUUCAAAAGACGACUGGAGGAUUGGUAAGUGAUGGACGAUGAUAGUUGAUUACUGCGAAUUUUAGUUUUGUAAACUGGGCUCACAAAUGGGAAGGUUUCUUUGGCCGUCAUUCCAAUAUCUCUGUCUGUGUGUCCAAUGCGAUGAGGAAAGAUCUCAAGAAACGAUGGGGAAUAAACGCAUUAACUCUUCACGAUAAACCUCCCAUGUGGAACUUCAUGUAAGAAUUUGUUAUGUUUAUCUUAUGUACAGGUUGUAGCAAUUUUUUAACCGAAUUUGAAUCGGCUCUGAAUUUUUUAGUUUUUGUCAAAUUAUUAAGAUUCUUUUUUCCUUGCAUCCUCAGAGUCUUCCGUCUUGUUCGAUACAAAUUUUUUUUUCAAAAGAGCCAUUGUUGAGAUUAUUGAGAACUUGCUGUCCGCAAAAAACGUCUCCGCGUUUUUUAAAUAAUAAUGCUUUUUUAGGACAGUAAAUACCGAACAGAAGCACGAUUUGUUUUACCGACUCUUCUCUUCCGGGGCAUUUGAGGGCUAUUUUACGGAUAUGGAUGAUGCUGAUCAGUACGAUGAAGGUAGGCUGUAUUUAAAAAAGGAGGAAGUACCUGUUUAGAAACUAUCUUCACCACCAAGAAGAAUAAUAAAUGCUCGCUGAGAUUAGACCGGCCUCUCCUUUUGGUCUCCUCGACCUCUUGGACUGAAGAUGAAGAUUUCGGAUUACUUUUAGAUGCAUUGGUUGGUUACAGCAAGCAUACUGAGCUGACAUUGGCCAGGUAUUUAGAUUGUGGUGAUUUAUUGUUGAUUUAGUGCCAGUGCAUGUUAUCUCCCAAAGAUCUUCGUGGUGAUAACUGGUAAAGGCCCUCAAAAGAAAUUCUACAUGGACAAGAUCCCGACUCUUCAUCUGAAGAAUGUCGAAGUUGUAACAGCUUGGUUGGCCCCCGAAGAUUACCCCAGACUUUUGGCCUCGGCUGAUAUUGGAGUUUCUUUGCACACUUCGAGUUCUGGUCUGGAUCUCCCGAUGAAAAUAGUGGAUAUGUUUGGAUGUGGGCUCCCUGUUCUGGCCAAGAGAUUUCCAGCGAUUGAUGAACAAGUUCAAGAUGGAAUUAACGGUCGUUUGUUUGACACGGCAAAUCAAUUGAAGAGCUUCAUCAUAGAAAUAGCUGGAGAAUUUGUGGAGAAUAAGGUAGGGUAAUCUGAUUGGCAAUGUAAUUAUGUUCUCUUUUCAGGCCAAUCUUACUCUCCGAAAGAAUCUAGCGAGCAGUGGACGAUCAGAUUGGCAUUCCCAGUGGGAGGCUAGUCUUUGGCCGGUGCUCCAUAAAUUCUUCAGAAAACAAAUAGAAGCCAACGAAAGAUGGGCCAGAUUCGAACGGCAUGAAGAAGAUGAGAAAGAAGGGGAAGAACGUCAUGUAAAGGGAGAUGAUGACAUGAGCAGAUCGAUUGAUACAAUCGCCAAUGAUUAUGAUGUCCUGGGGAAUACUGAUGAGGAUCUGGACGUUCAAAUUAACCCGGAUUCAGAGACAAAUUCAGAUUAG